AAGCUUUAACUUGAAGUACAUACUACCUACAAUGUCUGCUUCUCUUCGCCAGAAAAUUGAUCAUGAAUGGCCAGCAUUUUCUGCUACCACUCCACUGUUUCUCAAGAUGAUCCUAGACUACAUUUCUAGAGACGCAAAACUUAGAAUACCGAAGAGUUUCGUGAAGAAGUAUGAAAAACAUCUAUCAAAUCUAGUACAUUUGAAGCUUCCAAGUGGUUCAGAAUGGGAAGUAGAAGUGACAACAUGUGAUGGUGAGGUUUGGCUUGAUAAGGAUUGGCCAGAGUUCUCUAAGUUUUACUCUCUAGAGCAGGGUGGCUCCUUAGUUUUCAAAUAUGAUGGGAACUCAAAAUUCCACGUUUGCAUAUUGGAUGCAAGUGGCACAGAGAUAGACUAUCCCCUAGUGUUGCCCGUGAUGGAAGAAACCGAUGAGGAUGAUGAAAAUAACUCUGUUGAAAUCUUGGAGGAUUAUGAUGAUGAAAAUGAUAAUUCUGCUGAAAUUUUUGGGGAUUAUCAACCCUGCCCAAAAACAAGGCAGAAUUCUGGUCCACUGUCACGUCCUCUGCCUCGCAAGAAAAACAGAUUAAGUACUCAUUCUUCGCCCGAAAUAUCAUCAUCUUCAUCUAAGAGGGUUGUUGAAGCUACCAACAAGUUCAUCUCAAACCCUUCCUUCAGAGUCACUGUGGGCUCAUCCCUUAUGCCGCAUAUACCAGUUAGUUACCCCAAGCAUUUCAUUAAAUUGGAGAAACAAACCGCCAAGCUUCUGGUCAGAAAGAAAUCGUGGUGUGUGAGUUUGAUUGCUCAUUCUGUUAACACAUUUCCAUUUUCUGUUGGCUAGGCUGCUUUUGCAAGGGAAAAUUGUUUAAGAGCAGGAGAUGUUUGCAUCUUUGAGCUUAUCGACAAAAACGACAUUUUACUGAAAGUUCACAU